AUGCAUUCAGAAAAACCAGUGGCGCCCGCUCUUUCCACGUUCCAAGACGACUCCACAUUCUCAUACGAUAAAGUCCAAUCGACGCACAAGGAAAGGAAACAUCUACAUUUAACCGACCCACAAGAUCACCAAGAGGUGCUCAACAAGAUACGAGAUUACUACUGCUUACCUCAACUAGUUGAAACGCUUUCUGAGAGGAGUGAGAGCGGAGAUCUAAAGUACAAGCGUAUCACUCUACAGUUCCCUGAUGAACUUAUCUGUGACUCUGCGACUAUAGUCCACCACCUCCAGGAGAAGCUAGACAUCAAUGGAGCUGCGUCCAGUAACCAGGGCCAAAAAGUUUGGAUUCUCGCGGAUACGUCUUAUUCUGCAUGUUGUGUGGAUGAAAUAGCCGCUGAACACGUCCAAAGUGACUUGGUUGUUCAUUUCGGAGAUGCGUGUUUGAAUGAAGUUGCGAAAUUGAAUUCAAAGUAUGUGUUGGGAAUACCCGAGGUUGAUGUGGAAGAAAUAGCGAAACAGUUCCGGCAGAGGUACAACUUGAAAGAUAAAGUGGUUUUGAUGGCAAAUGCCCCCUUUACUUAUAUUCUCCAUCAACUUAGAGACAAAUUGACGGGUUAUAAUAAUAUCAUUGUCGCUGAUUUGAUAGUUCCUAGUUCAAAAUCGGAAAUCAUUGGGUAUAAGCCAACAAAAACUAACACGUACUCCAAGUUCAAUCGAACAUUCCCCGUGGAGGAGAUAUCCCAAUACGACUUAUUUCAUGUCACCACACCAAAAGCUCCAAGACUACUACAAUUAACAACAAAUUUCGCCUCAGUCACCACUUACGACCCGGACACAAACUCAACCUCACAAGGGCCGUAUCCAAACUUGAUGAGGCGAUACAAGUUUGUUCAUGUUGCUCGAACUGCAGGCACGAUAGGUAUUCUAGUCAAUACGUUGUCUUUAUCCAAUACCAAACAAUUGAUAAAUACAAUCAAGGACAAGAUCAAAAAAGCCGGUAAGAAACAUUAUGUGUUUGUGGUUGGGAAACCGAAUGUUGCCAAAUUGGCCAAUUUCGAAAGUGUCGAUCUUUGGUGUGUCUUGGGUUGUGAUCAUCAAGGUAUUAUAAUUGAUCAAGUGAAUGAAUUUUUCAAACCUAUUGUGACUCCGUAUGAGUUGUUGCUUGGGUUGAGUGAUGAGUUGACCUGGACUGGGAAGUGGGUUACUGAUUACAAGAGUGUGAUUGAAGAUUAUAAACAAGAAGAGGAAAGAGAAAGACGGGAGUCAGAGGUCGGUGCUGGUGAUGAUGAUGAUGAUGAUGACGAGUUGAGUUCUGAUGAAGCCCCUGAGUUUGAUCCUGUCACUGGUAGAUAUGUGAGCACGUCUAGACCACUUCGACAGAUUAACCACUUGAGAAUCAAAAAUGAGAUUGAAAAUGAGACCAACGCCAGUGAUGAAAAGAGGUUAGUUGAGAGGUUUGCAAACAGUGUUGCUAUCCGAAACACCGUAAGUACAUCAGCCAUGCAUUUACAAAAUAGACAGUGGACUGGUUUGGGUAGUGAUUAUACAAGAGAAGGUGAAUCUGGAGACGAUGAAGAGGAUGGUUCGUUGGCGGUUGAAGGAAGGUUGGGUAUCGCUAGGGGAUAUGAUUUUGAUACACAAGAGCAGAAGAAGUAA